GUGUGCUUAAGGAAUUUUUGUUUCUGUUGGUUAGUUAAUAUGAGCUUGUUACUGAGCUAACUGCCGUAUUUUCGUUUCUGUUUUAAUUUUUGUAUUAUCUUUCUUUUGUUACUUGCAUUUUUUGCGAUUCUUUUGUAUGAGAUCUAAGUCUUAAAGCAAUUACUUGAAGUAGCCACACGAAAUAUUCCAAAAGCUCCUAACUUCCUUCUAUCUUAUUUUUUUUUAUUGGACGAAUAGAGAAUCGUUGUUCAAGUAGGAACAUGAAAUGGUUGUUGGAACAUGAAGAAUAUUUAAUUGAUCUUAUUCGUCCCCAAAAAUGCUUGUGGGACACGAAACACACACUGUACAUGAAAAAAUCACAUCGAAAUCGCCUGAUGAGAGGAAUAUGUAAAAUGUUGAGUGAUCGAUAUCCUGAUGCUGCAUUGCUCUUUACAUACGAAAAUGUGAACAAAAAAUUCCAAAACUUGAGAACAUAUUUCCAGACUCAACUUCGAUGUUUAAAUAAACAGAAAAACGAAAGUGGGGUGGAAAUUGUCAAGCCAAAGUGGGCACACUUUGAGCGGAUGUUGUUUCUGCAAGACAACGUGACCCCUUCGGCAAGCUCCUCGAACCAGAACAACAGCUCCACAUCUGAAGCAGAUCCCAGUGGAUCUCAAAACUUAGCAACUUUGUACAGUUUCACUGUGCCGAUAAUUACUGAUGUGUCGGGAAAUAAUAUUGAGUGCAGUAACUUGGAGGUUUCCACUGCGGAAAGGGAAGAGAUUGCUGAAAGGGAAGAGAUUGCUGAAAGGGAAGAGGUUGAAGCUGCUACAAAUGCAAUAGUCAUACCACAUGAACAUUGCUACAUUGAGCAGCCAGAGACAGAAGAAAGGAGAAAAAACACUAGUGAUAAAGCAGUCGCUACUGUCACAAAAUAUCCACAGACGCUCAGUAACGAAAAAAAAGAUGACCCUGCAGAGGUUGCCGAAAUGCAUUUUGGCAAUUUUAUCGCAUAUAGUUUAUUGACAAUCAAGGAUGUUAAAAAAAGAGAUUUGUGCCACAUGGAAAUUAUCCAGACACUCGCUAAAUAUAAAAAAUAGGAAUUCUUUAAUGUCCUGUUUUCCUUUAACUUUUUUAUGUUAAUAAAAUAUUUUAGAUAAA